AUGGAUACGAUUGUGUUGAACGUAAGUCAUUCACAACUCGAAGAACAACUCAAAAUUGCGGCAGCUUGUGGUGUUGCUGAGCAAAACAAAGCGAAGAAUGAUGGUGGGAAGGAAGGAGAGAAUAUCGAGAUUGAAGUGGACAUGGACGAAGAUAAUGAAUUGGCUGUUGAUGAUGCGAAUGAAGGUGAUGAUUCGUUGCUUAUGCAUGCUUCACAGCUUUAUUCAUUGUGGUGGUGUAUUAUCUGUUGCUUUGUUACUUACGUAUCUCGAUUAGUUGCGCGCAGCAGAUCAUAA